AUGGUUCUCUUAUAUCAAUUAGGUGCACAACUAGUGAAAGUAACACAAAAUCAUUCAAUAACUAAUCCAAGCGUUCGCCUAUUUAUUUCGCUUGAAAAUACAAUUAUAGUACCAACGUCAUCGGAAUACCUAUGCGCUGACACACCAACUGGAAAUAGAAACCAUACAAUAGUCAUCGAAAGUCAUAGUGAUAGUGUCGAAAAUAGUUCAGAAAUCAAUGAUAAUGGUAGUGGUGCAAUGGCAACUCUUGUCUUGGCGCUGAAUUUAGCUCAUCUAUUUCAAGUAUCAUCCUAUGAAAAAUAUUUGUAUCACAUUCGAUUCUGUUGGUGGGGUGCCGAAGAAAAUAACAUGUUCGGAUCAUAUCAUCAUGUUGACGAAGCCAACAUUACAACCGUUGAAGGUAACCGUUUGCAAGACUACGUGCUGGUAUUAAAUUUCGAUAUGUUUGCUUCGCCCAACUAUUAUUUUGGUAUUUAUGAAGCUACCUCACUUCCAGAUACAAUAUCUUCAAAAGUAAAAAAUGCCUCAGACAGAAUUUCACAAGUAUUUCGCCAUUGGUUUGAUAAAGAAGGUCUACCAUGGGAUAAUAGUUCUCCUAUCCUGAGUGAUUAUGUUCCGUUUCUGUUCGCGGGUAUUCCAUGUGGUGGCACAUUCUCCGGAGCCGACAGUAUUAAAACACUUGAGCAACGGGAUCGGUAUGAUAGAAUGUUAGGUCACGGGUACGGUGGUAUUGCUGGUGUAAAAUUUGAUCCAUGUUAUCAUCAAGCAUGUGAUACAAUAUAA